AUCAAAGCCCCUCAGCGCUCUCUAGCAAAACUUGCAAAAUUGCGAAACGGGUCCAGGCAAAUUGCCGUCUCUUCGAUCAGCUUCUGGCUCGGAUGUCAGAGAACGAAGGAGAUAAAUUCAGGCUCGCUACGCAGGGUUAAAAUUUAUUAUUUUGCCUCGCUCUUCUUAUGCACUAAGUUAGCUCUUGCUGAAAUGAGCCGGCCGCCCCCCAUACCACUGGCACGCGCAUCAUGCCGCAUUUAAUUUCUAUUUCUGACCAUGGCAAAAAGGUUCCUUCGAGUUCCUUCCCUCAGGCUCGAAAGUUGACGGUUCUUGAAAGCUUGAAAACUUGAAGGGACGCCCUAGUCGGGACUAGCACAUAUCAUAGCGUAGGUUCAAAUGACAUGUCUUCGAGCUCCAAGCUCCAACUUGAAGUCCGACUGAGACCUUUCGAGGUUCUCUAUACGUAUACUUGUGAUAAGCACCCUCGAAAAAUGGACGCCAUCUUGAACUUGAAGGGUCUUGGACGGGACAGGUGGUAUGGCCGGGAGCCGAGAAGGACCUUUGGGAUUAUCCUUAUUCCUUGCGCGUAUACCGAGGGUGACGGUUGAAGAAGGGAAGCCGGAGGGGAGCUAAUAUACGUACUCUUUGCAAUUUUUGGGCGAGUGUGCGCGAGGCGAGGCGAGGCGAGGUCCGGCGGCGGAAAGUCGUGUCGAUGAAUGACCACAGUGGCAUGAUGCAUAAAUGGAUUGAAAUUGCCUAUCAGAUUGUAUUACUUACUGGUUACUGACCGCAGCCAAGCCAGUUGAGACUUCUGAAGAGGCGUUGAUAGAGAGUUGACAGAAGUGAUAGCCUUGUAGUACUACGCGGCGACAAUAGAAAGGGUGUAGUAAGUUAUGUUGAGGUAUCUAGAAUGCUGUCGUAACUUGACGACACAGCCAACAGAGAACAGACAAACGACAAGGCUGAUUCGGCAGCGAGAUAAGUAGAUUAAGCGUUGAUGAGGAAGGCCGGCUACGAAGAACUUGAGUGAAAUAAAACGGAAAAAUGGGAGGAUGUGCGAUGCGAAUGAAAUAUAAACUAGGAACCCGUCGUAAGUAUGUCAAGAAGAUGAGAUGAAGGGCGAACAUAAGGUAAGUUGUGGAGAUAUAUCAUGAAAAUGUUGAAAUAGGGAAAGAUUAAACCGGUGAGUUGGGAGUAAAGAAGACAGUCUGGCGUCGGCUUUGUACGCUUAAGGGAUUAGCAGAAUGAGAGACCCUGAGAGGAUGGUCAUGGGAGCUGACGAGGGAUAGACGUGUGGCAGAUUGGACUCGGGUGUGUGGUAUGGUUACAGGCUACGUGUUGAGGACUGGGUUCCCUCGAGUGGCACAAGUUGCCAGUGUCAAACGCAUGUCGCACGUCGCACGAGAAGGGGUCUCACGAGGAGGCAGCGGUAGUUGCCAAGUACAUAGUGUCAGGUGGCAGGUCGUGCUAUGUUGCUUGUUUUAUUUUAAAAAGAGAAGUUAAUUGAGGGAAAGAGUAGUAUGAUAGAGCGGUUGCUAGUGAGAGAUUGAGGGAGGACAAGCUAGUUUACUAAAGCGUC